CCAGGAUGAUGUAGUGGUGACUGUGGUAAUGACAGCUCAAAAACUGCAAAUGGACAACCCUGGAUUGCCCUGUUUACAAAAACACCACCCGCUUUGUCUUCUUCUGUCUGGAGAGAGUGAGGUUUUCAUUUUAAGAGGCUGACUAAAAAAUGCAGGGCCACUUCCUGGGCAGGCGUCCAAGUGACUACAUCUUUCUCACAGCAUUCCCCAGAGCGGCAGCCCAAGCUGCCUGGGGCGGGGCCUCUAGCCAUUGGUAGCUCGGGAAGCUACCACAGGAGCAGUUAUCUGCAGCCCGCCAGAAUUACUGUGCUUUUAGGCUCUCUCCGGGUGCAGAUAUCAGCCUUGGCCUGUGCACUGAAGAGACAUCAGCAUUUGUCAUUGGACAGGCUGGUGUGUGUGUGUGUGUGUGUGUGUGUGUGUGUGUGUGUGUGUGUGGUGUGUGUAUUACAGGAGAUGUCGUGCCACGCUUCCGAAUAUGAAGUUCCUUUCAGCCGAGUGUCCCGGGUAUGGACCCUGACUGCACCAGCCCCAUUUGCAGAUGAAUCCAGCUGCCAGUGCCAAGCACCUCAUGAAAAACUGACCAUUGCCCAGGCCCGCUUAGGAACACCAGUUGACAGGCCUGUUAGAGUGUAUGCAGAUGGAAUAUUUGACCUCUUCCACUCAGGUCAUGCAAGGGCACUUAUGCAAGCAAAAACACUGUUUCCCAACAGCUACUUGUUGGUAGGAGUUUGCAGCGAUGACCUUACUCACAAAUUCAAAGGUUUUACUGUGAUGAAUGAGGCAGAGAGAUAUGAAGCUCUCAGACACUGCCGCUAUGUGGACGAAGUCAUCAGAGAUGCACCAUGGACUCUCACACCAGAGUUCCUGGAAAAACACAAGAUUGACUUUGUGGCUCAUGAUGAUAUUCCAUAUUCCUCCGCUGGUUCUGAUGAUGUUUAUAAGCACAUAAAGGAAGCAGGCAUGUUUGUUCCAACUCAAAGAACAGAAGGCAUUUCAACAUCAGACAUCAUCACCAGAAUUGUCCGUGACUAUGACGUAUAUGCCCGGCGCAAUCUCCAGAGAGGAUACACAGCCAAGGAACUCAAUGUCAGCUUUAUAAAUGAGAAGAAGUAUCGUUUCCAGAACCAAGUGGACAAGAUGAAAGAAAAGGUCAAGAAUGUGGAGGAAAGAUCAAAGGAAUUUGUUAACAGAGUAGAAGAAAAGAGUCAUGACCUAAUUCAAAAGUGGGAAGAAAAAUCAAGAGAAUUCAUUGGCAACUUCCUGGAACUAUUUGGGCCAGAUGGUGCAUGGAAGCAGAUGUUCCAGGAGAGGAGUAGCCGGAUGCUACAGGCCUUAUCUCCGAAACAGAGUCCAGUGAGCAGCCCAACCCGGAGCCGGUCCCCUUCCCGCUCCCCAUCCCCCACCUUCUCAUGGCUCCCAAACAAGACCUCUCCUCCCUCCUCACCCAAAGCAGCCUCAGCCUCCAUCAGCAGCAUGAGUGAGGGGGAUGAGGAUGAGAAAUAAAGGUGCCUGGCCAACAAGAGCCACACCACACAGGAUGGGAAGGGUUCCUGGGAAGCCUGGGUGGUGUUGAGAGCUGCAGUUCAGUGGGGAGAUGGGAGUUCUACCAUGAGAAGGUACUGGGGC